AUGCACAUAAAAAGCAUAUGUAAGAAUAUAGCAAUAAUAUGGACAAGUUCUGAAUUCACAAGAAAUGUAUUUGCAUCUACAGAAUCAGGAGAUAAAAAUAUGUUUAAGUUAGAAAAUUCAGAUAAGUAUGAUGAUAGUGGAAAUAAACCUUCAACAUUUUCUCAAAAUUCAAAAAGUCACAAUAGCUCGAAAGUUAGUGAUAUGGCAAAGUUCUUUGAAAGUCAGGCUAUGCAAAGAAGUAAUUCAAAUGAAUCCGCUAGUAAUGUAUUAUAUACAGGUACUUUAUGUAGACGGAAUCGGAAGGGAUUUUCAACAAAAUAUUGUCUUAAUCCCAAUAAUACUGCGUCAUUGGGAAAAAAUCAGGCUAAUGGCUCUAUAGAAGAAAAUCAAGAAAACAAUAUGAAAAAAGGCAUGUCAGGACGUAGCCGAGAAACAUUAACAACCAAUCAAUUAGACCCAGAUUAUAACAAAACAAAAACCAACCAACCAGAAGCUACACAGAAAGAUUUAUCAACAAUAGAAGCUAACCAACCAGAAGCUACACAAAAAGAUUUAUUAAUAAUAGAAGCCAAUCAACCAGAAGCUAACCAACCAGAAGCCAGCCAACCAGAAGCUACACAGAAAGAUUUAUCAACAAUAGAAGCCAAUCAACCAGAAGCUACACAGAAAGAUUUAUCAACAAUAGAAGCUACACAACCAGAAGCCAAUCAACCAGAAGCUACACAACCAGAAGCCACACAACCAGAAGCUACACAGAAAGAUUUAUCAACAAUAGAAGCUACACAACCAGAAGCCAAUCAACCAGAAGCUACACAACCAGAAGCUACACAGAAAGAUUUAUCAACAAUAGAAGCUAAUCAACCAGAAGCCACACAACCAGAAGCCAGCCAACCAGAAGCUACACAGAAAGAUUUAUCAACAAUAGAAGCUACACAACCAGAAGCCAAUCAACCAGAAGCUACACAACCCGAAGCUAUACAAAAAGGUUUAUUAGCAAUAGAAGCUAAUCAACCAGAAGCCAGCCAACCAGAAGCUACACAAAAAGAUUUAUCAACAAUAGAAGCCACACAACCAGAAGCCAGCCAACCAGAAGCCAGCCAACCAGAAGCUACACAAAAAGAUUUAUCAUUAAUAGAAGCUAAUCAACCAGAAGCUAUACCAAAGAAACCAAGUUUAGAAGAAAAUGUAAAAGCCAAAAAAAUACAAAGGGAAGAAAGCCUUAAAAAAAUGAAAGAAUCAAUGAUAACCCGAAUAACCCGAAUAGACAGCAAAGAAUGUAGUAUAAAUACUGCACAAGAAGGAAAUUCAAUUUGCACAUUUUCGGGUUAUAAAGAACAACCUGCACAUAACAAUAAGGGCGCACCUACAUUGCCUUCACUACCAAAAAAAGAUCCCAGCACUAAUGAAAAUAACUUAGGAUCAACUGAAAGAAUUAAAUGCAACGAACCAGAUGAAAAUGACAAUAACACAGAAACUACAUUUAGUAGUCAAUUAAAAAAUAUGGUGGUCACAAUUCAAAGCAAUAAAAAGAAAUCCGGCCAUAAGGCUAAUAAAGCAGGCACUAGCGAAUCAAAAGAUGCAUUUUAUAAUGAAUUAAGUAAAAAACUCAUGAGAAACACACAACAAAAAGACGAUGUUUCUCCAAAUAGCAACAGAAGAGGCUCUAAAAGCUAUGAAGAUUCUAGCAAAGUAUUCAGUGGCCCUAGUAGUUUAGAUAACACAAACAGUAUUGAUAUCAACACGAAUGAGUUCAAAGCAGCGCUUGAUAUUAGAAGGAAGAGAAUAGGAGAAAGUCCAAUUACAUCUGAAGAAGAAGAUAAUCAAGGGAAUGAUAUUGCCAUCGAUGCCAUUCCCGGCGCCGCCUCCACACUUAAGGAUGAAAUUUUGGGACACCCAAGUAAGUCUUUUUCAUUAGAUGAGAAUAGUCCUAAAAUCCCCACUGCAAUUAAUCCAGGGAGUUUCAGUGGACAAUUUACUCCUCCUCCUCCUCCGCCUCCUGUCCCCACUGAUAAGAAUACUUCAAAAAAAAUAAAAAUUCAAAUAAUGAAGAUUCAAAGACUGAAGAUUUAA